UUCCUCUCGCUUCGCAUUAGUAGUGUUUGAUUUGGAUGAGGGAGCUUAAUAAGCAGGGCGGAGCUCUAGUGUACAGAGAGAGAGAGAGAGAGGCUGGAGUAGCCCACAGCCUGCUGCCUCUCCACACCAGCUCCUCUCUCAUGCACCACGCUGCUGGAUUUCAGCUGUGGAGAGCUGCUGAGGUGCUUUGCCAUUGUAUGUGCAGACAAUAAGAGGUCAAGAUGGUGGCCCUGUCGCUGAAGAUCUGUGUGCGGCAGUGCAAUGUCGUGAAGACCAUGCAGUUUGAGCCCUCCACCCCAGUGUACGAUGCAUGCCGCAUUAUCAGAGAGAGGGUUCCCGAAGCCCAGACUGGACAAGCCUCAGAUUAUGGCCUGUUCUUGUCAGAUGAUGACCCAAGGAAAGGCAUCUGGUUGGAAUCUGGACGUACUCUAGACUAUUACAUGCUCCGAAAUGGGGAUGUCUUGGAGUACAAGAAGAAGCAGAGGCCGCAGAAGAUUAAAAUGCUGGACGGAGCGAUCAAGACGAUCAUGGUGGAUGAUUCCAAAACCGUAGGCGAGCUGCUCGUCACCAUAUGCAGCAGAAUUGGAAUCACAAAUUAUGAGGAGUACUCUCUGAUCCAGGAACAGGGGGAGGAAAAGAAGGAGGAUGGCAUGGGUACACUGAAAAAGGAGCGAACUCUGCUUCGAGAUGAAAGAAAGAUGGAAAAACUCAAAGCCAAGCUUCACACAGAUGAUGAGUUGAACUGGCUGGACCACAGUCGAACGUUCCGCGAGCAGGGGGUGGAGGAGAGUGAGAUGCUGCUGCUCAGGAGAAAGUUUUUCUACUCUGACCAGAACGUGGACUCUCGUGAUCCUGUACAGCUCAACCUGCUUUACGUUCAGGCGAGAGAUGACAUUUUAAAUGGCUCCCACCCAGUGUCCUUCGAUAAGGCGUGCGAGUUUGGUGGAAUCCAGGCACAGAUCCAGUUCGGUCCCCAUGUGGAGCACAAACACAAGCCCGGAUUCCUAGACCUGAAGGAGUUCCUGCCCAAAGAGUAUAUUAAGCAGAGAGGAGCUGAGAAGAGGAUCUUUCAGGAACACAAAAGCUGUGGCGAGAUGACUGAAAUCGAGGUGAAGGUGAAAUAUGUAAAGUUGGCCAGGUCUCUAAGAACAUAUGGAGUGUCCUUCUUCCUGGUUAAGGAGAAGAUGAAGAGCAAGAAUAAGCUAGUCCCACGGUUGCUGGGAAUAACCAAAGAGUCUGUGAUGCGGGUGGAUGAGAGGACCAAAGAUGUAGUGCAGGAGUGGCCAUUAACCACAGUGAAGAGAUGGGCAGCAUCCCCUAAGAGUUUCACAUUGGACUUUGGUGAAUACCAAGAGAGCUACUAUUCUGUUCAGACUACAGAAGGAGAGCAAAUCUCCCAACUUAUUGCAGGAUACAUAGACAUCAUCCUUAAAAAAAAACAGAGCAAGGACCGCUUUGGUUUGGACGGAGAUGAAGAGUCCACCAUGCUGGAAGAAUCCGUUUCCCCGAAGAAGUCUACCAUUCUGCAGCAGCAGUUUAACCGUGUGGGCAGAGUGGAACACGGGUCAGUGGCACUGCCCGGAAUCAUGCGCUCAGGCUCCGUCGGCGGGCCGGACAAUUUCAACAUGGGCAGCAUGCCUGCUCCACAGCAGCAGGUCACUAUGGGCCAGAUGCACAGAGGACACAUGCCCCCACUGAGUCUGGCUCAACAAGCGCUCAUGGGUACCAUAAACAGCAGCAUGCAGGCGGUACAGCAGGCUCAGGCGGACCUCGGUGAGGUGGACAACCUGCCACCACUGGGACAAGACAGGGCAUCCAGGGUGUGGGUUCAGAAUAAAGUGGAUGAAUCCAAGCACGAGAUCCAUUCCCAGGUAGACGCCAUCACUGCUGGAACUGCGUCCGUCGUCAAUCUUACCGCAGGUGACCCUACAGACACGGACUACACAGCUGUAGGCUGCGCCAUCACCACCAUCUCCUCCAACCUGACAGAGAUGUCGAAGGGAGUGAAGCUGCUGGCGGCUCUCAUGGAGGAUGAGGUGGGCAGUGGGCAGAGGCUAAUGGGAGCAGCCAGGACACUAACUGGAGCAGUAUGUGACCUGCUCAAAGCUGUGGAACCGGCAUCUGGAGAGCCUAGGCAGACGGUGCUGACAGCAGCAGGUAGCAUCGGACAGGCUAGCGGUGACCUGCUGCGCCACAUCGGAGAGGGUGAGACUGAUGAGAGAUUCCAGGACAUCAUGAUGAACCUGGCCAAAGCGGUGGCCAACGCUGCUGCACUGCUGGUGCUGAAGGCUAAGAAUGUGGCACAGGUAGCCGAGGACACGGCACUGCAGAACCGCGUGAUAACUGCAGCCACGCAGUGCGCCCUCUCCACCUCACAGCUAGUUGCCUGCACCAAGGUGGUGAGCCCCACCAUCAGCUCACCCGUGUGUCAGGAGCAGCUGGUGGAAGCAGGCAGGCUGGUGGAGCGCUCGGUGGAGUUGUGUGUUAAAGCAUGUCACGCUGCCUCUGAUGAGGCUGAGCUGCUUCGGCAGGUGAACGGAGCAGCAGGCACAGUCAGCCUGGCACUGAGUGACCUCCUGCAGCACGUACGCCACUAUGCCAGCUGUGGUGAGCCAAUCGGCCGCUACGACCAGGCCACCGAUACCAUCAUGACCGUCACAGAAAGCAUCUUCACCUCUAUGGGAGAUGCAGGAGAGAUGGUGAGACAGGCUCGUGUGUUGGCCCAGGCCACGUCAGAUCUGGUGAACGCCAUGCGCUCGGACGCUGAAGCUGAGGUGGACGUGGACAAUUCCAAGAAGCUGCUGGCGGCAGCCAAACUGCUGGCUGAUGCGACGGCUAGAAUGGUGGAAGCUGCAAAGGGGGCCGCGGCUCACCCAGAGAACGAGGAGCAGCAGCAGAGGCUGAGAGAAGCCGCCGAGGGUCUGCGAGUGGCCACCAAUGCUGCAGCCCAGAACGCCAUUAAAAAGAAGCUACUCAACAGACUGGAGAUUGCUGCCAAGCAGGCUGCUGCAGCCGCUACCCAGACCAUCGCAGCUGCCCAGAAUGCAGCUGUCUCCAACAAGAACACCGCGUCCCAGCAGCAGCUAGUGCACAGCUGUAAGGCCGUGGCAGAUCACAUCCCUCAGCUGGUACAAGGCAUGAGAAGUAGCCAGGCCCAGCCAGAGGACCUGAGUGCCCAGCUCGCCCUCAUCAUCGCCAGUCAGAGCUUUCUCCAGCCGGGAGGUAAAAUGGUUACUUCAGCAAAAUCAGCCGUACCGACAGUAACAGACCAGGCAGCAGCUAUGCAACUGGGACAAUGCGCCAAGAACCUGGCCACCUGCCUGGCAGAGCUCAGGACAGCUGCACAGAAGGCUCAUGAAGCAUGCGGGCCUCUGGAGAUAGAUUCAGCUCUCAACACUGUCCAGACCUUGAAGAACGAACUCCAGGAUGCCAAAAUGGCUGCACUUGAUGGACAACUCAAACCGCUACCUGGAGAUUCGCUUGAGAAAUGUGCUCAGGACCUGGGGAGCACCUCCAAGGCUGUGGGCUCGUCCAUGGCGCAGCUGCUCACCUGUGCUGCCCAGGGCAAUCAGCACUACACUGGUGUAGCUGCGAGGGAGACGGCCCAGGCACUGCGCACUCUGGCUCAGGCUGCACGCGGUGUGGCAGCAUGCACGAUGGAGAGGCAGUCUGCAGCAGCCAUGUUGGAUUCAGCCAGUCAUGUAAUGGAGGGCUCGACCAUGCUGAUUCAUGAGGCCCAGCAGGCCCUGGUGUGCCCUGGAGACGCUGAGAGCCAGCAGAGACUCGCACAGGUAGCAAAGGCUGUCUCUCACUCUCUGAAUAACUGUGUGAACUGUUUGCCGGGACAGAAGGACGUAGACAUGGCUCUGAGGAGCAUUGGUGAAGCCAGCAAGAAACUUCUGGUGGAAAAUUUGCCUCCAUGCUCCAAGUCCUUCCAGGAGGCUCAAACCGACCUGAACCACACAGCUGCUGAGCUGAACCAUUCAGCUGGAGAAGUGGUCCACUCUUCACGCAGCACCAGCAGCCAGCUCGCUGUGGCCUCCGGCAAGUUCAGUCAGGACUUUGACGAGUUCUUGGACGCCGGCAUCGAGAUGGCUGGACACACUCAGUCCAAAGAUGACCAACUGCAGGUGAUUGGCAAUCUGAAGAACAUCUCAAUGGCCUCCAGCAAGCUGCUGCUGGCUGCCAAGUCGCUGUCUGUUGAUCCUGGAGCCGCAAAUGCCAAGAAUCUUCUCGCAGCUGCAGCGAGAGCUGUUACUGAGAGCAUUAAUCAGCUCAUCACGCUGUGUACCCAGCAGGCACCUGGGCAGAAGGAGUGUGAUAAUGCUUUGCGUGAGCUAGAGGCGGUUAGAGGCAUGCUGGACAACCCCAAUGAACCCGUCAAUGAUCUCUCCUACUUUGAUUGCAUUGAGAGCGUAAUGGAGAACUCCAAGGUGCUGGGAGAGUCUAUGGCAGGAAUUUCACAGAACUGUAAGACAGGAGACGUGCCAGCAUUCGGGGAGUGUGUGGGCGUGGCUUCCAAAGCACUGUGCGGACUGACGGAGGCAGCCGGCCAGGCAUCAUAUCUGGUGGGUGUGUCAGAUCCUAACAGUCAGUCAGGCCAUCAGGGAUUGGUGGACCCUAUCCAGUUCGCCAAAGCAAACCAGGCUAUUCAGAUGGCGUGUCAGAGCCUGGUGGAUCCAGCGAGUAGUCCCUCCCAGGUGCUGUCAGCAGCCACAAUCGUGGCCAAGCACACCUCAGCUCUCUGCAACGCCUGUCGUCUAGCAUCAUCCAAAACCGCUAACCCUGUAGCCAGGAGACAUUUUGUGCAGUCAGCCAAAGAAGUGGCCAACACCACAGCGAACCUCGUCAAAACUAUUAAGGCCCUGGAUGGAGAUUUUUCCGAUGAGAAUCGCGAAAGAUGCCGUGUUGCUACGACCCCUCUCAUACAGGCUGUUGAGAAUCUCGCCACAUUUGCUUCUAAUCCAGAGUUCGCCAGCAUUCCUGCUCAGAUAAGCAACGAGGGCUCGGCAGCUCAAGAGCCUAUCCUGCGGUCGGCACGUUCAAUGCUGGAUAGCUCCACCCAGCUGUUGAAAAGUGCUCGCUCUCUUAUACUCAACCCUAAAGACCCACCCACGUGGUCAGUCCUAGCAGGCCACUCUCGCACCGUGUCCGACUCCAUAAAGAGCCUCAUCACCGCCAUCAGGGACAAGGCUCCGGGUCAGCGGGAGUGUGAUCACAGCAUCGACAGUAUCAACAAGUGCAUCCGAGACAUAGAACAAGCCUCGUUAGCUGCUGUGGGCCAGAGUCUGCCGUGCAGAGACGACAUCUCUUUAGAGGCUGUGCAGGAGCAGGUGACCUCGGCCGUGCAGGAAAUCGGCCAUCUGAUUGAACCCAUCUCCACUGCGGCCCGUGGGGAGGCCGCACAGCUUGGGCAUAAGGUGAGUCAGCUGGCUAGCUACUUUGAGCCACUCAUUGUGGCUUCAGUGGGACUGGCCUCUAAGCACAUGGACCACCAGCAGCAGAUGAACAUCCUGGACCAGACCAAGACCCUUGCUGAGUCGUCACUGCAGAUGCUUUAUGCAGCCAAAGAAGGGGGAGGAAACCCUAAGGCAGGCCAUACCCAUGAUGCAAUAGCCGAGGCAGCGCAGCUGAUGAAGGAGGCAGUGGAUGACAUCAUGGUGACGCUAAAUGAGGCAGCGAGUGAGGGAGGGAUGGUAGGAGGCAUGGUGGAGUCCAUCGCUGAGGCCAUGGGAAGGAUGGAUGAGGGAACUCCACCCGAACCGGAUGGCACAUUUGUGGAUUACCAGACCACCAUGGUGAAGUUCUCCAAAGCUAUUGCUAUCACCGCGCAAGAAAUGAUGACGAAGUCUGUGACGUGCCAGGAGGAGCUGGGUGGCCUGGCGUCUCAGGUGACCGUGGACUACAUCCAGCUGGCGCAACAAGGACGCCUGGCGGCCGCCACAGCCGAGCCGGAAGAGGUUGGCGCGCAGAUAAAGAGCCGGGUGCAGGAGCUCGGUCAUGGCUGUAUCUACCUGGUGCAGAAGGCUGGAGCACUCCAGAUGAGUCCCACAGACAGCUUCACCAAGAGAGAGCUGAUCGAAUGUGCUCGAGCGGUCACCGAGAAGGUGUCCAUGGUUUUGUCUGCUCUCCAAGCAGGUAAUAAAGGCACCCAGGCCUGCAUCACGGCUGCCAGCUCUGUCUCUGGCAUCAUCGCUGACCUGGACACCACCAUCAUGUUCGCCACUGCAGGCACACUUAACGCCGAAAACGAGGAGUCCUUCGCAGACCACAGGGAGAACAUUCUGAAGACAGCAAAGGCUCUGGUUGAGGACACCAAGCUCCUAGUGGCUGGAGCAGCAUCCAGCCAGGAGAAGCUGGCCCAGGCUGCACAAUCCUCUGCCAAGACCAUUACCCAGCUGACCGACGUGGUUAAACUUGGGGCUGCCAGCAUGGGCUCAGACGAUCCAGAGACACAGGUGGUUCUCAUCAACGCUGUGAGGGAUGUGGCCAAAGCGCUUGCCGAACUGAUUAGUGCAACUAAGUGUGCAUCAGGAAAGCCAGCAGAUGACCCCUCAAUGUACCAGCUGAAGAGUGCUGCCAAGGUGAUGGUGACCAACGUGACAUCUCUCCUUAAAACAGUCAAAGCCGUGGAGGAUGAAGCCACUCGUGGCACAAGGGCUCUUGAGGCCACUAUUGAGUUCAUUAAACAGGAGCUGACGGUCUUCCAGUCCAAGGACACUCUGGAGAAGUUUGCUACGCCAGAGGAGCUGAUCCGCAUGACCAAGGGCAUCACUGUAGCCACGGCCAAAUCUGUGGCAGCAGGAAACUCAGGCCAGCAAGAGGACGUCAUCGCCACUGCCAACCUGAGCCGCAAAGCCAUCUCCGACAUGCUGCUCACCUGCAAGCAAGCUGCAUAUCAUCAGGAGGUGCCGGAGGAAGUGAGAGGCAAAGCUCUGCUUUAUGGCCAAGAGUGUACGGCUGGAUACAUUGACCUGCUCGAACAAGUCCUACUGGUUUUGCAGAAGCCUACAGCAGAGCACAGACAGCAGCUGGCUGUACUGUCGAAAAAAGUAGCCAGCUCAGUCACCGAGCUCAUCCAGACUGCUGAAGCUAUGAAAGGCUCAGAAUGGGUGGACCCUGAGGACCCUACAGUAAUAGCCGAGACCGAGCUGCUGGGAGCCGCUGCGUCCAUUGAGGCUGCAGCUAAAAAACUGGAGCAGCUUAAGCCCAGAGGCAAGCCAAAGCAAGCAGAUGAGUCGCUAGACUUUGAGGAGCAGAUCUUGGAAGCAGCCAAGUCCAUCGCAGCAGCAACCAGCGCCUUGGUGAAGUCCGCAUCGGCUGCACAGAGAGAGCUUGUGGCCCAGGGCAAGGUGGGCUCAGUCCCAGCCAAUGCUGUGGAUGAUGGUCAGUGGUCUCAGGGUCUCAUAUCAGCAGCCCGUAUGGUAGCAGCCGCCACCAGUAACUUGUGUGAAGCAGCCAAUGCCUCAGUGCAGGGUCACGCCAGUGAGGAAAAGCUCAUCUCAUCUGCUAAACAAGUAGCGGCGUCUACCGCCCAGCUGCUGGUUGCCUGCAAAGUCAAAGCUAACCAAGACUCUGAAGCCAUGAGGAGACUACAGACUGCCGGGAAUGCGGUAAAGAGGGCGUCGGAUAAUCUGGUGAAGGCAGCUCAGAAAGCCGCCUUUGACAAGGCAGAGGAUGACAGCGUGGUAGUCAAGACCAAAUUUGUUGGUGGAAUUGCACAGAUCAUUGCAGCUCAGGAGGAGAUGCUGAGGAAGGAGAGAGAGCUGGAAGAAGCGCGCAAGAAGUUGGCCCACAUCCGACAACAGCAGUAUAAAUUUUUGCCCACCGAGCUGCGAGAAGAUCAGAGCUGAAGCUCUCUCUAUAUAAACACACACAUGCACACAUACAAACACAAAAUAAUAUCAAGUCUUAUAUAGACAGUGAGCUCGCCUGCCUUGUGUCUGGUGUUGGAUUGUUAGCCAUGUUGGAGAGUACUCUGGUAUAUGGUGAUGCAUCAUGAUGUUUUAGGAUGCGAGUGGUUUUUUCCACACACAAGGGUGGCGUAUUUUAUGAUCGGUCGCUCUUCUUACACAGGGCUACGUCUCUUGUUUUUCUGUCAUUUCUUGCUGAUGAUUUUUUUUUUUUCUUUUGGAGUGAUAUGCACUUACCUGUUCUGUUUUGUGUGUUUGUGUGUGCACAACAGUAUGCCAGAUCUAAGACUUUAUUAUACAGUAAUAAUACCAUUGGCUAGAUAAUACAACCUUUCAGUAAUUCAUUGUCCGCUUUAUAAGUACACCCGGAUGCAGACCCAUGUACGCUUGAUCUCUGUGGUGAUGUCGGGUGAAACGAACGUUGUUUGAGUUGUAUGAUCGUGUGAUGUCCUUAAAGUAGGAUGUUUGUUCGCAAGCUUUUUAAACAUAGGUAGGAUACAUUUUGCUUAAAUGUUUUCACUGGCGUGAUAUUAUAAAGCAGGAAUAUUCAUCUAAAGCCUUUGCUCUAAAGCACUACGUGACUUAAAACAUAUCAUGAAGGCUAAAAAUCAUUGUAGGGUUGUGUUUUUCAGCUAGAAUUAGCUUUAUUAUAAGAAACGGAAAAUGUACAUCUGUGCUUUGUUGUAUUAUUUAUUGAAAAGAGAGUCACAGAAGCUCCUCACCAAAAGCAUUACAGUCACAGAUCUGUUAUAUUACAGUAAAUGGGACUGAAGCAGAUACCGUUACACCGUUUUAAGUGUUUAAGCACUCAUGAAUACCUCGUUUAAUACACUUCCAACAUCUUUUUACGACUGUGUCCCGUACCGGUCUCUUACACAGAGUGAAGUGAAAUCUGCAUCUGCCAUUUCCUUUUCAGACACACACACACGAUGCACAUGUAUACAUUUAGCGCACACACACACACACACACACACACACACACACACAAACAGUUAAACUAUUAAGACCUGUAAUUUGUGUAUUUAAAAACUGAUUUGAGGGUGCACAUGCAUGACUCAGUAAAAACAAAAAAUAUAUAAAAAGAAUAAGAAACGAUAUCCCAGCAUUUCACGAUUUAUAGGAUGCACUGAUAUUGUUAGUAUUCCAGUGUACUCUCUUCUGCAAAUAACACGUACGCUUCUCGUGGUAGACAUUAGUGAGAAAAUUAGUGGCUUCCUUUCAGAUGGAUAUAUAUAUAUAUAGUUAUUCUUGUUCAAUUGUUGUUUGCGUGUUAAGGAUUACACAGCGUGGCACUUCAGAACACUACAUAUAUCAAACUGCAAUAUACAACAUUUUCAAUUUGGACUGCGAUGUAUAUUAGUGCCUUAUAUCGUCUGCUCUGAUACAAGUUGCCCCUUUAGGCUUAUCAGAGACUGGAAAUCAUAACCUCAACCACUAGAAGAAAAAAAAACAUAAGGAUUAGUUUUUGGUCAGUUGAAAAAGGGGCAACUUGUAGCAGUAAGUAUCAAUGUGUAGUUUUGUCAGUUUUCUAAGCAGUUUAAACAAUGUACCUGUAACAGCCACUGACUGUUCGAUUCUGCUCUGCCAUAUUCCACUGUUCCGACGUGGCCUGAUGCUCUUGCCUUGGUAGAUUGCUCAACUGCCAGCUGUAAUUCACUCCGAGAACCGUUAGUGUAACAGCGUCACCGACUCCACAUGCUUUACAUUUAUAGUGAGUCAAGAAACAACACUGCAUUCCAUGCACUUGUAUCUCUACUUUUCACUUUACUUUGCAAAGCCCCAAUCAGGAACUGCUGAUGUCACAGCGUGCUCAGAGUUUCCUAACAGAAAGCAUAUGUGAAACCUACAUAUUACUGUGGUUUAGUUGGUGUGGUCUUGUAACAGUUUUAUUGCUGCGAUCCCUUUCGUCUUCGUACUCGAAAUUUGCCUCCCGUUUCCUGAUUGAGGCUUUAAUGGAAGGUGUUGCAAUUAUGUCUCGAAUAAGAGUUUUCUCUCCAAUAAACCACUAUGUAUGAAGGGUCUGUUUAUAUUUACUAAUAAAUGUAAUGAAGAUAUUGCAAUAUGUGGUUAAAAUGUGGUGUCUUUUAAUGGAGUGGAAGAAGAAGAAGAAAAAAAGAAGAAAUGGCUCCUUCAGUUAAGCUAGAAUUUUAGGGCUUUCUUUAACCGACUGAAAUGGUAACAAUAAAAAUGAAAUAAUUAUGAUGCUGUAUGUAAAAUAUUUAUCUGGUCACGAAAGUAUUUUUUGUAUUCACUGAAAAUAAAGAGUUUCAACAAACAUUGUUUUUGUGAA